GCCACAUGAGGAUGGUUUACAGAGACUGGGGAGGUUUAGCUUGGAGAAAAGAAGACUCAGUGGGGAGAUGAUCACUGUCUUUAAGUAUAUGAAGCCAACCCUGGGGAGAGAGAUUAGACCCACGAAGACAACAAGAAGAGUAAAAGAAGACAAAGAUUUGCCUUACGUCAAGGGAAUUCAUGACUCUGCUGGACAAGACUUUAUCCUUCACGGGAAGACCCUUGUGGCAGUUCCUCAUGCCAGACCAGGGAAGAGAAUCGCCUUGACGGCCACACCAUGCCGAGAUGAGUCUCUUCAAAAAGGUGAAGCCGAUGCUACUUACCUGGGAAUAGAAAACUAUAAACUGUGUCUUUGCUGUGAAGAGAGUGGAGGGAAGCCCACACUGAAGCUGAAGGAGAGCGACAUAGUGGCAUUAUAUCACUAAGCAGAGAAGCCUUUUGCAUUUUACCAAAAUGUAAGUGGCAACAUUUCCACCUUUGAGUCAGUUGCCUGUCCUAGUUGGUUCAUCU